AUGCGGGCACCGACAGCAGCGGCCACGCCGCUGGUGGUGCUGCCGCUCAUGCUGCCCAUGACGCACGGUGUGGCUCUCUCGCGUAUGUUCGCCACGAGACAAGCCAGCCUCGACCAAAGCGGACCCGCCGGCAUGAUUCGCGGGGUACCGCGUGCUGCAAGGCUCGAAGCUGGCAAGAGAGAGGGCGGAAAGAUAUCAAGGCGCAACACAGAGAGUUUCGGUCCGCUUGCCCUCUUGGACGUAUGCUACAUGACGGAUGAUUGCACCCCUGGGUUGUAUGUGGAAGCCGGAUUUCGGACACAAUGCGAGAAAACGCCGUUUUCUGGCGGAGACACCGUUUGCUGCAAACCCUUUGCGACACCAUGUGACUCGGACAAGGCUUGCUGCUCCGGCAACUGUGACGCUAGCCAUGCCCGGUGCGACGACGCGGUCGUUCCGGCUCACCCGACGGACGAAGAGCACUCCCACGAGGAUGAUUUCUACUCGGAUGAGAUUGCCUACUACUCGGAUGAGAUUGCCUACUACUCGGAUGAGAUUGCCUACUACUCGGAUGAGAUUACAUCCGACACACCGAAAGACAGCUCUGGCGACAUCAUGGCCGAUCAGCAGGACGGUGAGGGUGGUCAACUGUACGACGAUGGGGAAACUAGCUAUGGCGAGUACGACGAUGUCCAAUAUAGACAUGACAAGUACGAUGACAGGAUCACUGGUUCCGGCCUUGAUCGGUAUUGGGACGGAUAUUCUGGCCGAUACAGCUUUGGCCAGUACGAUUACACGACCAGCUCGGAGGACACUCCACGCGCGCAAGACAAUCCGUUGGCGGAAGAUUCAGGCACGCGUCUCUAUGAAGACCGUGUUGGGUCUCCGGACAACAACCACGAUGACGAGAAGGGCACCGAAUUUCCACCCCCACAUGAUGAAACAAGUGGAGCUUCUCCGAAAGCUGACGGUGCUCAUGAAGGCGGCGAGGGCGAAGAGUCCACGACUGGCCCCCUCUCGACAUCUUCGACCGAGGAGAGUUCUACCACCAUCUGUCAACCGGACUACGCCGCAGGGACAAUCGAAACGAUGGCAUCGUCAGAAACAAGAGUCGAGGCGGUUGCUAUGGACUCACAGAUCAACCCGGGCGGCGGCGUUGGGGCCGAGGAUUCCAGUGGUACCGGUGUGUCUAUGUACGAUUCCUUCUUCGAAAUGACUUCGGAGACUGAAACCGCAGAGACUUCGGCAGUGAGCCUAGCCGCCGGUCUCGGUCCAUUUUUGCCUGGCGUCGCCGUAUGCCCCGUCACGGGAGACGUGUACGUCACAAGGGGUCACACUGGAAUAGCGAGGCUGGUCAAGGGAACCGACGGGAGUUUCGGCCAAAAGAUGGAAUGGAAUAUGGUGGACAUGGCCUUCAAGGACGGCGUGAAAACUCGAGCGCCGCUCAUGGUAUGGGACAUCGCCGUCAAUAGCAUCGGCAUCGUCUACUUCACAACAUACGUACAGGGUGUUGUGCUGAAGGGAAUAUUCCCCCGGCAGGGAGGCGCCGCUCAGGUGCGCCUUGUAGGCGGCAAGUGGGACUCGGGCGUUUCAGGUUCUUCAGGGGACGGUGGGAAGGCCCUCUCGGCGGUGCUGGCCUACCCAAAGGGAAUCGCGGUGGAUGCUGACGACAAUAUCUACGUCGCCGAGUUCCAGGGAGAGAAGAUCCGGAACAUUUCUACUAGUGGGAUUAUCUCCACGUGCGUUGGCACGGGAAGCACGGCGUAUGAAGGAGAUGGAGGACCGGCAUCGGAAGCUGGCCUUGACUUACCCAACGCCAUUGCUUUCAUGCCGAGCACACCUGGAAGCAGGAUGGCAAUCGCGGACUUCGGUCACAACGCCGUGCGCGUCGUCACGCCGACCUCGCUUUGUCCCUGA